AUGCCGCUGCUGCUACUGGCGCGACCAAGACUCCUGGGAAUUCCGGCGGCCAGGACGAGACACCAACACAGACGGGAGAUGUUACUGCGAACACAUCAACAUCUACAUCUACUGCUGGGGCUUGGAAGGGAAUGGAGACUGCUGGUCCGAUGGUGGCCGUUGCCGGUAUCAUCGCCGCGGUCGUUGGACUCUGAGACCUCGAGCGGUCAUCUUUUUGCGACUUGCUACUUUGGUCAACACACGAUGAUAGUCUGUCUUGCGAUCUACGGUAUACAUAGUAUAAUACGAAGUCAUGUCGGCAUUCCCUUCUUGCAUCUAAUCUCGACGACUACCUAG